GGCGAGCGUGAUGCGUCGGCACUUGUGAUGUGCACUCUAAUAUGCAGUGGGACGGCCUCUACUUCGUCUGUCUAGCGUUAUGCUGCCUACACACUGCAUCUGAACCGCUACGAUUCCCAGAAGAUUACCGAGCAAAUGGCGCCAGAAGACGUCGGAGCGAUGAGAAAGAUAGCCUGGCACUAUCCAGGGAGAUAUUUAGAAACAUUAGUAAGCAAUUACGAGAGAACAUCAAACGAGAGGGAGCGACGGACCGAAAUGACAAUUUGUUACAAGGAAAGGUAGAAGAGUCUCGACACUAUGUACCAUACCAAACUUAUCAUGAUCACCAUCAUGAACACCAUUGGGGGCCAUAUUUUGAAGAUGAGAAGUACUCGCAAGUUGCAGCCCAUGUCGGCUCUGAAGCGUUGCUGAACUGUAGAGUCGUUAUGCUAAAAGACAAAACUGUAACGUGGAUGCGGAAUUCAACAGAUUCAGCGCAGCUACUGACAGUUGGUCCAUCGCCGUAUACUGGCGAUAAUCGAAUAGCUGUCAAGUUUCAAUAUCCAAACAACUGGAGGCUCAGUAUGAAUCCAGUUAAGCAUUCUGAUGCUGGGAAAUACAUGUGCCAAAUAGCAACCCAUCCUCCCAGGACAAUAUUUGUAAAUUUAACUGUAUUACCUCCUGUAUUGACCAUUAAUAAUGAUCAGUCUCAUGAGGUGAAAGAUAGAUUUUACAAAGCUGGAAGUUCAAUAAAACUAACUUGUAUCAUAUCAGAAGAUUACGUUACGUCUUUACCAACUAAAGCUCCUACUACAACGCAAGCUCCUAGCACUACCCCUACAACCACUACUACAGAAUUAACAACAAAAUUGAGUACAGUUUUUAAUAGAAUAGAUCUAGUAAUGAAUAAAAGUUGGAGCGUCGAAACAACGACAGUUACUUCAACAGUUAGUAUAAGUACUACUACAACUAAAGCACCAGAGAUAACCACUGCUGUAGUCAUGACUGUGAAACCCACAACUCCGCCAGUUGAGAAUAAUAUUUAUGGUAUAUAUUGGAAAAAACAAGGAAAAAACUUCUCCGAUAAUGUUACAUGGCGCAAUAUGAGUGCUACAAUAAGUGUGGCGUCUGCUUCACAAAAUGAUAGUGGAACAUACAUAUGUCUUUUACAAAACCACUCACAAGUAAUAGUCAACGUACAUGUUCUGAUCGGUGAGAACCAAGCUGCCGUUCAUCAUGACACGUGGAACAAAGGAACACUAUUCUGGCAACCAAUAAACUUAUCUAUAGUUUCUCUUAUGGCUUUGCUUUUAUAUUUUACUUGAAAUAUACUUUUUUUCUAGAUGGGCUGUAUCAAAAUUGUUUUUUAUUUAUGA